AUGUCAAAGAUAAUAUUACUUGUGCAUUUAUCUUCUUUCUUAGUUGCUCAUUUGUUCAUAUCAGGUGUUAUUUCAACAACAUUUACAAUAACAAACAAGUGUACUACACAGUAUGGCCGGCCAUUCAUUCAGAAAAAUCAGCUUUAUCCACGACUGGUUGUUCCCAUGAAAAGAAUGAGCGACUGUUGCUCCGGAAAACUAGAAUGUUCCGGCAACGGUGGUGCUGGUCCUUUAACGCUGGCUGAGUUCGGGAUUGGCAGUGUUAAUGGCCUUGAUUUUUUUGAUGUUAGUGUUUCUGAUGGCUUCAACCUGCCUUUGCUUGCUGUGCCUUCUGAGCUUAAGGUUACCACUGGUACAGAAGGCAAGACUGUGGGAUGCAUGAGCGCGUGCCAAGUGACUGGGUUGUCGAUGCUUUGCUGUGUUCUUUCAACAACAUUUACAAUAACAAACAAGUGUAACUACACAGUAUGGCCAGCCAUUUACUCAGAAAAAUCAGCUUUAUCCACAACUGGUUUUUCCCUUGAAAAGAAUGAGUCAAAGAUCAUAACAGCACCAGCUCCCUGGAGUGGGAGUAUUUGGGGCCGCACCUAUUGCACCGAAGAUUCCUCAGGAAAUUUCUCCUGCAUCACAGGCGACUGUGGCUCCGGAAAACUAGAAUGUUCAGCCUACGGUUCUCCUCCUGUAACGGUUGCACAGUUCACGACUGGCGAUUUUGUUUACCUUGAUAUUUUUGAUUUUAGUCUUGUUAAUGGCUUCAACCUGCCUUUGCUUGUUGUGCCUUCUGCUCAUAACUGUACAAGCACAGGAUGCUUUGCAGAUUUGAAUGAAUCAUGUCCUUCAGAGCUUCAGGUUACCAGUGCUACAGAAGGCAAGACUGUGGGAUGCAAGCCUUCAUUGAAUUCUCGAUUUUUUAAAGAUUCGUGUCCACAGGCUAACAUCUUUUCUUAUCAUGGAAAGGCCUCUUUGUUCACUUGUGCAUCUACCAAUUACCAAGUUACAUUCUGCCCAGUCAACACAACAGUUAUGACACCAAACAACUCUCGGCCAACAUCAGGGGAGAUAACACCAAGUCCUCCACCAGAAAUAAGGCCUAAUACUGCUUCAAAAAGACGUUGGGUGCCAAUUAUAGCAGGACUAGUGGGUGGUGUUCUUGCCAUUAUUUCUUUUGUAGUUAUUAUUGUUUGGAGGGUCGGGAGGAGCAGGUCUGAAGAUACUGAGGAGGAUUUGGAAGAUGAUCAAAUAAAGCAAGUUCCAGGAAUGCCUGUUGCGUUUUCAUAUGAAGAACUGUGCGUUGCAACCGAUGAUUUCAAGGAAAUACUUGGAAGAGGAGGCUUCGGGUCUGUGUUCAAAGGAAAAAUCCAAGGAUCUUCCCUUGAUUGGCAGACACGAAAGAAGAUUAUUCUUCACAUCGCGAAAGGGCUGGCUUAUCUUCAUGAAGAAUGCCGACAGACCAUAAUGCACCUCGAUAUAAAGCCACAGAACAUGCUCUUAGAUCCAAAUUUCAAUGCCAAAAUCUCUGACUUCGGGCUGUCUAAACUAAUUGAUAGGGAGAUGAGCCAAAUUCAACUGUCAAUGAGAGGAACCCCUGGAUAUAUUGCUCCAGAAUGGCAUCAAGCAUUAGGUCGCAUCACAGUAAAAGUUGACAUUUACAGCUUUGGAAUUGUUCUACUGGAAGUAGUUUGUGCACGCAGAUGUGUUGAUCACUCGCAACCAGAAUCUGCCUUCCAUUUGCUUAGAAUGUUGCAGAACAAAGCCGAAUGCAUUAUGAAAUAUUUAGUUGAAUAUAAGCAGAGUGAUAGAGAAGAAAUAAUCAGGAUGAUAAAUAUUGCUGCUUGGUGUUUGCAAGAUGACCCAGAAAGAAGGCCUCUCAUGUCGACAGUUGUAAAGUUAUUGGAGGGUGGAAUGGAGGUAGAUUCAAACCUGGUGUAUAAGUUUUCACAUGCACUGGCUCCACCUCCUGUUGUUGAUGACCAUAUUUCUUCAACACCAUCACCAGCAUCUGUUCUUUCUCAUCCUAGAUGA